CCCCAGAACUGGGCUUGCGGUACAGUUGGCAGGGAUCAGGCUCCGCCCUGCCCCAGAGGCCUUCGACCCACGCACCGGUGGUGACACUGGCCCGCCCCGAGUCCUGGGUCCCCACGCGCCACGCGCCACACCCCCUGCCUGCCGGCCCGCCUGUCCUGCGGAGGCACACCCCCUCCCUCCUCUCCGCCUCCACCCCUGGGGGGUCCAGGCGGGGCCCAAAUCUUCACCUGCGUCGACGCCAGCUUCUGUGCUAGCUCUGCGAAGGACGGGCCUCACGCCAGGAACCCGGUGGACUUCUGAGGUGCCAGGAUGGUGGGGGAACUCCGCUACAGGGAAUUCAGGGUGCCCCUGGGACCUGGUUUGCAUGCCUAUCCUGAUGAGCUGAUCCGCCAACGGGUGGGCCACAAUGGGCAUCCAGAAUACCAGAUCCGUUGGCUCAUCCUCAGGCGUGGGGAUGAUGGGGAAGGGGGAUCCAGCCAAGUGGACUGCAAGGCUGAGCACAUCUUGCUAUGGAUGUCCAAUGACGAGAUCUAUGCCAACUGCCACAAGAUGCUGGGCGAAGAUGGCCAGGUCAUCGGGCCCUCCCAGGAGUCUACAGGGGAGGCUGGGGCCCUAGACAAAUCUGUGCUGGGGGAAAUGGAAACUGACGUGAAGUCCCUGAUACAGAGAGCCCUUCGGCAGUUAGAGGAGUGUGUGGGCUCCAUUCCUCCUGCCCCUCUGCUUCAUACUGUCCAUGUGCUCAGUGCUUAUGCUAGCAUUGAACCCCUCACUGGGGUAUUCAAAGACCCGAGAGUCCUGGACUUGCUCAUGCACAUGUUGAGUAGUCCCGAUUAUCAGAUUCGCUGGAGUGCUGGCCGGAUGAUACAAGCCCUGUCCUCCCAUGAUGCUGGUGAGGGGCCGUGCGGGGAAGAAGGGAAAGCAGGAGAGGGGCUGGGUCAGCUCAGGGACUCACAGAACACUGUGGCAGAAGCCUCUGACCUUAUCAGGACCCGGACCCAGAUCCUUCUGUCACUGAGCCAACAAGAGGCCAUUGAGAAACACCUGGAUUUUGACAGCCGCUGUGCUCUGCUAGCACUGUUUGCACAAGCCACACUUUCUGAACAUCCCAUGUCUUUUGAGGGCAUUCAGCUGCCACAGGUCCCAGGAAGGCUGCUCUUCUCCCUGGUGAAGCACUAUUUGCAUGUCACUUCCCUCCUGGAUCAGCUGAACGACAGUGCUGCAAAACUAGGAGCCCAGAACAACUCUGCUCCUGAAGAAUUGAGUGGGGAGAGGAGUCGGCUGGAGCUAGAGUUCAGUAUGGCUAUGGGCACCCUGAUCUCAGAGCUAGUGCAGACCAUGCGCUGGGACCCGGCCUCAAGCAGACCAGGGAGCUCAGCACGGCCCCCCUGUUCCAUCUUCCGGCCUCAGCUGGCUGAUGUGAGCUCAGGGCUUCAACCCGCCCAGGCCCAGCCCAGUGUUAGGAGGUCAAGGCGGUUUCGCCCCCGCUCUGAGUUUGCAAGUGGCAAUACCUAUGCCAUGUAUGUGCGUGACACACUGCAGCCAGGGAUGAGAGUGCGGAUGUUGGAUGAUUACGAGGAGAUCAGUGCUGGAGAUGAAGGGGAGUUCCGUCAGAGCAACAGUGGUGUGCCCCCUGUGCAGGUGUUGUGGGAGUCAACAGGCCGCACCUAUUGGGUACACUGGCACAUGCUGGAGAUUUUGGGUUUUGAGGAAGACAUUGUUGAGGACAUGGUUGCAGCUGAUGAGUACCAGGGGGCAGUGGGCAGUAGAGCCUUGGGUGGAGUCCUGCCCUCCUGGCGCUGGAAGCCGAUGACAGAGCUCUAUGCUGUACCUUACGUACCGCCUGAGGAUGAGGACACUGAGGAGAGUGAACACCUGACCCAGGCCGAAUGGUGGGAGCUGCUUUAUUUCAUCAAGAAGCUGGAUGGACCUGACCAUCAGGAAGUUCUCCAGAUCCUACAGGAGAACCUUGAUGGGGAGCACAUUCUGGAUGAUGAGAUCCUAGCUGAAUUGGCCGUGCCCAUAGAGAUGGCCCAGGACCUUCUGUUGACCCUACCACAGCGACUUGAUGACAGCGCCCUCAGGGAUCUGAUCAAUUGCCGUGUCUACAGGAAGUAUGGGCCUGAGGCCCACCCAACCCUUCUAGAAGCCCAGCAGGAUGUCCUCCUCUUAGAACCCCAGGCCCAGGCUCAGAAAUCAGAAGAUCCAGCCAGAGUAGAAGUGAAAGAAACCCCCUCUCAGAGCCCCAGUACUCCCCUGCAGCGUCUGGUGGAGGAUUAUGGUCCAGCUGGGAAAAUCCUCCUGGAUCUGGAGCAAGCCCUCAGCUCAGAGGGAAUCCAGGAGAGCAAGGUCAGGCCAUUCCUGCUGCAACUGCUGCGGCAGCCCCAGCCCUUCCUUGCCCUGAUGCAGAGCCUGGACACUUCAGAGACCAAUCGGGCCCUGCACCUGGCUGUUCUGAGAAUCCUGAUGAAGUUGGUGGACUUCCCUGAGGCUCUGCUGCUCCCCUGGCAUGAGGCCAUGGAUGCCUGCAUGGCCUGUUUGCGGUCCCCAAACACUGACCGAGAGGUGCUCCAGGAACUGAUUUUUUUCCUGCACCGCCUGACAUCAGUGAGCAGGGACUAUGCCGUGGUGCUGAAUCAGCUGGGAGCCCGAGAUGCCAUCUCCAAGGCCCUGGAAAAGCACCUGGGAAAGCUGGAGCUGGCCCAGGAGCUGCGGGACAUGGUGUUCAAGUGUGAGAAGCAUGCACACCUCUACCGGAAACUUACAACCAACAUCCUUGGAGGCUGCAUCCAGAUGGUGCUAGGCCAGAUCGAAGACCACAGACGAACCCACCGGCCCAUCAACAUCCCUUUCUUUGAUGUGUUCCUCAGAUAUCUGUGCCAGGGCUCCAGUGUGGAAGUGAAGGAGGACAAGUGCUGGGAGAAGGUGGAGGUGUCUUCCAACCCACACCGGGCCAGCAAGCUGACGGACCGCAACCCUAAGACCUACUGGGAGUCCAACGGCAGCACUGGCUCCCAUUACAUCACCCUGCACAUGCGCCAGGGUGUCCUCGUCAGGCAGUUAACUCUGCUGGUAGCCAGUGAGGACGCAAGCUACAUGCCAGCCCGGGUAGUGGUGUAUGCGGGUGACAGCAUCAACUCUCUUAACACAGAAGUCAACUCGGUGAAUGUGAUGCCCUCUGCCAGCCGAGUGAUCCUCCUGGAGAACCUGAACCACUUCUGGCCCAUCAUCCAGAUCCGCAUAAAGCGCUGCCAGCAGGGCGGCAUUGAUACGCGCAUUCGGGGGUUGGAGAUCUUGGGCCCCAAGCCCACAUUCUGGCCAGUGUUUCGGGAGCAGUUGUGUCGUCACACACGCCUCUUCUACAUGGUUCGGGCACAGGCCUGGAGUCAGGACAUGGCAGAGGACCGCAGGAGUCUCUUGCACCUGAGUUCUAGACUCAAUGGGGCUCUGCGCCAGGAGCAGAAUUUUGCUGAUUGCUUCCUUCCUGAUGAUGAGGCUGCCCGAGCUCUGGGCAAGACCUGCUGGGAGGCCCUGGUCAGCCCUCUGGUGCAGAACAUCACCUCCCCUGAUGAGGAUGGCAUCAGCCCCCUGGGCUGGCUGCUGGACCAAUAUUUGGAGUGUCGUGAAGCUGCACACAACCCCCAGAGCCGUGCAGCAGCCUUCUCCUCACGGGUGCGCCGCCUCACGCACCUGUUAGUGCAUGUUGAGCCCUGUGAGGUGUCCCCUCCAGUGGUGACCACUCCUCGGCCCAAGGGCAGAAACAGAAGUCACGACUGGAGCUCCUUGGCUACCCGGGGCCUUCCAAGCAGCAUCAUGAGAAACCUAACCCGCUGUUGGCGUUCUGUGGUGGAGGAGCAGGUGAACAAUUUUCUGACGUCAUCUUGGCGGGAUGAUGACUUUGUACCACGCUAUUGUGAGCGCUUUAAUAGUCUGCAAAAGUCAAGCUCUGAGCUGUUUGGGCCACGGGCAGCCUUCUUGCUGGCGCUGCAGAAUGGCUGUGCAGGGGCCUUACUGAAGCUCCCUUUUCUCAGAGCUGCCCACGUGAGCGAGCAGUUUGCCCGGCACAUUGACCAGCGGAUUCAGGGCAGCCGGAUUGGUGGAGCUCGAGGAAUGGAGAUGUUGGCUCAACUGCAGCGCUGCCUAGAAGCAGUUCUCAUAUUCUGUGGCCUGGAGAUAGCCACCACCUUUGAGCAUUACUACCAGCACUACAUGGCAGACCGUCUCCUGGGUGUGGGCUCGAGCUGGCUGGAGGGGGCCGUGCUGGAGCAGAUUGGUCCCUGCUUCCCCAACCGCCUGCCCCAGCAGAUGUUACGGAGCCUGAGCACCUCUGAGGAGCUGCAGCGCCAGUUCCAUGUCUAUCAGCUCCAGCGGCUCGAUCAGGAACUCCUAAAGUUGGAGGAUACAGAGAAGAAAAUACAAGUGGGUACCUUGGAAGGAAUGAGCAAAUGGGCAGAUAGGAAGGAAGGGAAGAAGAGCAGACUGGGGGAGGCCAUGGCACCUGGGAACCUUAUGCCCCUCCAGGUGGGCCAGGAGACUGGCGGUGAGGAACAUGAGAGCGAGAAGGAUGAGGAAGCUGGGGCAGCAGCAGCGAUGGGCCUGGUGGAGGGAGAGGAAGAGGAGGAGGAGAAUGAGGACCUCUACUACGAAGGGACAAUGCCAGAAGUAUCUGUGCUCGUCCUGUCCCCACGCUGUUGGCCUAUUGCUUCAAUCUGCCAUACGCUGAACCCAAGAACCUGCCUGCCCCCCUACCUAAGGGGCACUUUGAACCGAUACUCCAACUUCUACAGCAAGAGUCAGAGACACCCUACCCUAGAGCAAGGCUCACAGAGGCGACUGCAGUGGACGUGGCUGGGCCGGGCUGAACUGCAGUUUGGGGACCAGACCCUGCAUGUGUCCACUGUGCAGAUGUGGCUACUACUGUAUCUCAAUGAUCUGAAGGUGGUCUCUGUGGAGAGUCUGCUGGAGCUCUCGGGGCUCUCUCCAGACAUGCUGAAUCAGGCGAUUGCACCUCUCACCUCUGCAAGGGGCCCCCUGGACCUUCAUGAGCCAAAGGAUGUACCAGGGGGGGUGCUCAAGAUUCGAGAUGGCAGUGAGGAACCCAGGCCAAGGAGGGGCAAUGUGUGGCUCAUCCCACCUCAGACAUACCUGAAAGCUGAAGAUGAAGAGGGCCGGAACUUGGAGAAGAGACGGAACCUUCUGAACUGUCUCAUUGUCCGAAUCCUCAAGGCUCAUGGGGAUGAGGGGCUGCACAUUGACCAGCUUGUCUGUCUGGUGCUGGAGGCUUGGCAGAAGGGUCCAUGUCCUUCCAGGGGUUUGGUCAACAGCCUUGGUAGGGGGUCUGCCUGCAGCAGCACUGACGUCUUCUCCUGCAUCUUGCAUCUCUUGGGCAAGGGCACACUGAGACGCCGUGAUGACCGGCCUCAGAUGCUGUCCUAUGCAGUCCCUGUGACUGUAAUGGAGCCUCACACUGAGUCCCUGAACCCAGGCUGUUCAGGCCCCAACCCACCCCUCACCUUCCACACCCUGCAGAUUCGCUCUCGGGGUGUGCCCUAUGCCUCCUGCACUGGCACCCAGAGCUUCUCCACGUUCCGGUAGCCCUGAAGAUGGGGUCUAGAGGAGGUAGGGCUGGGGCUUUCUACAGAAAUAAAACACAGGAGUUUGAUUAUAUGACCUGUAUGUGUUUGGCAAUUGCUAGAGAUGUGAACAGGGAAGGGGGAGGGGUUUUCCUGGCUGAAAUGGGGGAAGGAGCCCCCUGGUACUGUCUGUCUUAUGACAUACCAAGAAUCUUGUUAGCAUGAGGCUCAUAGACUGGGGGAAAGGUAGCGGGAGUCAAGUGUGACUUAGAUCCCCUUCUAGGCAAGGGGAUUCAGUGGACCAGGAUGAUUUCAUCAGCCCCUUCUUAGAGGGUAUGCAGUCAGAAGCCCUUUUACCUGGCAGGCUGGAGACCCUUGCCCAUGUCAGCUGCUCACCAGAUGAUUUAUAACUGGUGCGGAUUAUCAAGCAGGGUUUCAUUUCCCUUGUUUGUGGAAUUAGUCCAGUGGGACUCUGAUGAGUAACAGGUGUGGAAGCAUUUGAUAUGGUCAAGGCCUUACCAGUGAGUCCCUAUUUUGACCACCACACUCAGCACUGAUUUUGAUUCACUGGCACCUUCCCUAAAUAAGGCUGAUAAUGAUGGUGAAAUAAAACACUUUGGGGCCACAGCAAGCACCCAGAAACCUGAA